UGUGGGUACCGAGGAAAAACCCCUCAUUUUACGCCCAAUACAGACAUGAUGCUCGGGGCUUUUUCGAGGAUUCCCCGCAUCCGCAACGACUACUGCAUGCGGGUGCACGGUUAAAUGCACUCCUUACGUACUCCGCAUUCUUGUUCAUGAUUGAGUUCAACGUUCUCCAAUGCCAGGAUUUGAAUGUACUGUACAGAAAGAGUAUCCAAAUGCUGAAUACUUGGAGAGACCAAAUCACAAUGGAGCAAAUAAAAACUAUAUAAGAGCGAAAAGUUCCAAUAUUCAUCAUCCAUUAUCACGCAAUCUCCCUGGCACAAAACACAACAACACCAUCGCACACCACGCAUAUCUUUCUCUCAAAACGGAAACCAUGAAGUUCUCACACAUCGCUAUUGGUCUCGGAGCUGCCUCCAUCGUCUCAGCUCAAAGUGCGGCUUGCACAUCUGCUGUUGCUGCCGUUCCUGCUUGUGGUGUAUGUGACCUUUUCAUUUACCUCAAUCCCCUUCACCAAACAUAAUCAUUCAUUUUCUCUUCAAUGUCUUGCCGUAUCCUUCGCCCAGUUUCGUUAGUCUUUCCUCCUAUCGAUCCACUAAUGUCUUUACUAGGCUACUUGCAUCAGUUCAGCAGUGACAAAAUACUGCCCAGGCAGCGUCAACAACUAUGCUUGUGAAUGCGCAUCUGCAACCUUCUCCUCUAUCAAAAAUGACGCUACUAGUUGCGUUGUCAAAGCUUGUGGAGAUGCUACUGCGCUUCAAGUCUUGACUGCUGUCAAUAAUGUUUGUGCCGCAUGUGUUUAAGCUAGGUAAUCCGGCGGAAGUACUGGCAAGAGGUUGAGACGGAGUGGAAGGUCUCUCGGAAUAGUCUGUGCUUGACUCUAUUGUGGUUCGGAUGAUAGCGACGAUGAGGGAGGAAUACAGAGGUCAUGCAAGGUGAUUUUGAUAAUCAUUGUCGAAAUAAUCUUUGGUGUCAAUACUUCAGAAUGCAAAAUCAACUAAAAAUGGAUGCCAUGUAUGAACCCUUGGGAAUUUUCCGUAG